AUAGCUGCCAUAACAUCGUACAAUUAAUAUUUACUCAGAAGAAGAAAAUGUCUCUGUUGGUUAUCCAGUGACAAGUGCCUACACUCCAUAAAAAAGUUACCAGCAUUGAAUCUUCUACUAUUUCAAAAAUUGAAUUAUUUUCGACCUGAAAAUGAAAUGGUUCAAGAAUAUAUUUUCGGGAGAAUCGGGCAGUUCGAAGAAUGAGCCACAGACUCCUCGCUACUUCCAGAGAACGCACAGCGUGUCCAGCAUCUUUGAGGACGCUAACCCAGUUUCAACUACUUUUAACCCCAAAGAUGACACCAGCAAGCAUAACGAAGAUGAUGUAACGCUACCAGUUCCUGCAGUUCGCCACAACUCUGCCAAUAAACUGUUUAUUGACCCAAAAGAGCAUUUGCUAAAGAAUCCACAGGACAGAAAGAAAUUGCUUUCCCUUGCCAGUUCACCAGAGCCUGAUAGUGAAGUUGCUGAACACGUUGAUUCAAAUCAAACGCAUAACCCGGCAGAAAGCAUUCCCAGAACGAACAACCCAGAGCAUAACAAAACUGAACAAGAUACAAAUCAGGAGGCCAAUGAUAAAAACGAACCGAACGUGCCAGUGAGACGGAAGAACAAUGUAGACGUUGAAGUUCACACUCAAGAAUCUCCAGCGGAUCGAAAAACCACGACUACAAAACUAUCAGCUACCAAUCUAAAAGAUACCUCUCAAAUAGUAGAACGAAUGGAAAACUUGGAGAACAAACUAGUUGCAUCCAUACAGAAGCAGGGAACUAAUCUGCGAAAAAUGAAGCAAGACCUUUUCGAGUUGAAACGAGAGAUAGCUAUGAUGAGGAAGCAUAACUACACAAUGGCACGAGAUGUAGACGAUUUACAGCUUCAUGAACUAAGAGAAGAGGUUGUGAACUUGGCAGAGCAGCAACAUUUAAUCCAGGAAGCCGUCUUGAAGGAUCACAUCAUUCAACAGAACUUCUACCAUAUGUCAACUAUCAACCAUCUUGACCAAAUGAGCGCUUUAAGAGCAAAGCACGACCCGAACACAGAAGAAGGUUUUGUACUUGAAGAAAACAUUGCAGGCCAAACAUAUUGGAUGCAGAAACUUGUCACUCAGUCAAAGAAUCUUGAUUACUUCAGUCAACCAUAUUCUAAUGGAGUACCGCACAGAUCCAUCGCACCAAACAAAAAAGAUGAGGAGCUCGGAUAAGGUAACUUUCAGAAGCUGUCAAUUGCCAGCGGCUACAUGAACUCGCAGUAAAACAUUUGGACUCUUUGCUUUUU